GACAAUAAUUCCAUUCAUCCAAUAUGUUCGGCAGAGGUUGUAGUAAUGGAUCGGCUUGUCUCCAGACUAAUAGUAGUCGUAAAGUACAAAGGUUGUACUCCGUAUGCAUAAAAUUACCUUGAAGUCUUCAAUUACAACACUCAUCCUCAAAAGGCUAUUCCCGACGUUCUCUAGAUUCCAUCAUAGAGGAUACCAAACUACAGCUACCAGAAUGUCUACUUUCCAAAUCAAAGAUAGUAACGUAGAAGUCACACUUUGUGAAGGUAUCACCAAGGAUGAACUCCUGAGCUUUCCAGCCUUUAAAUCAUGGCAUAAUCGCCUGAUCGAAUCUCUCGCUCUACAAGGCAAAACCUCUGAUCAUCCCUUUCAUUCCGAUCCCUAUCAGCUCCGCUCUGUUAAAAUUCAAUCACUCGACCGCUGGGGCAAGCGUAUCGGUUUCAUCAAGAUCAGUAGUAAAAUCACAAAUGAAGCAGGCGAGUCUCUGCCCGGGGAUAUCUUCCUCCGAGGCCCAAGUGUCGGAAUGAUGGUCAUUGUUCAACCUGAAGACGCCGAGAAACCUGAUGAGGAAAGAUGGGUUGUGAUGACUGUUCAACCUCGACCUGCCUCAGGGAGUUUGGCGUUCAUUGAGUUACCAGCCGGUAUGGUUGAUGAUGGAACAUUCAAAGGUGCAGCUGCAAAGGAAAUUGAAGAGGAGCUGGGCUGGACAAUACCGGCAGACCAAUUGACUAACUUGAGCGAGCUGGCUAUUGGUGGCGGGGCAAACAAAGAGGGAGAAGUAUUGCCGAGAGCAAUGUUUCCUAGUGCCGGGGGCUGCGAUGAGUAUAUCCAAAUCUUCUUGCAUGAGAAGAAGAUUUCAAGGGAGGAGUUGAAGGAGACUACAGGAAAGCUUACGGGGUUAAGGGACCAGGGUGAGAAGAUCACGCUCAAACUCGUGAAGUUGGAGGAUUUGUGGAAGGAAGGCGGGAGGGACAGUAAGGCCUUGACUGCUUGGGCUCUCUAUGACGGGCUGAAGCGAACAGGAAAGCUAUGAAACUUUAGAAUCACAUGCACGAAAUUAUAGCUUCUCAAUUGAAUGACAUUACCUUGAAUACCCAAGCCGCA